AUGGGUGAGUUGGGUGAAUGGGUUUUAGGAGAUAGGAUUGGGGAGGGUGGUUUCGGGUGUGUGUAUAAGGGUUACCCACUCAAGCUUGAGAAUGGGGCCCCUGGUAUCAUGGCCGUUAAGGUUGCAGAGGCCUCUCAUCCAUUCAAGGUUGAUGCUUUGUUGGAUGAGGCCGAGCUCCUUUCUCUAUUUCACCAAUGCCCUUUUGUGAUCAAUUCUUACGGUCAACAGUGGACUUCUUCCUCUCUCAAUUUGUUUUUAGAAUUUGCCGCUGGAGGCACCAUUAGAGAUAGGAUUGACAAUUCUGCAUUGUCCCAAUGUGAGAUUAAGGAGUUCACCAAGUCUGUGCUUAGUGGUCUCCAGUGCAUUCAUGACAAAGGUUAUGUGCAUUGCGACAUAAAGCCCGACAAUAUUCUUCUUGUCCAUGAUAUGGAUUCUCCUGUCGAUUUCGUGGCUAAGAUAGGAGACUUUGGAUUAACUAAGAGUGCUCAGAACUUGCAUUCUCGCCAAGGCACUAAAUGGUAUUUGCCUCCUGAAACUGUUCUCUGUAACAUUCAGGGGAAACCAUCUGAUAUUUGGGCAGUAGGAUGUCUAGUUCUAGAGAUGUUGACUGGUUCGUUGUGGACUUGUAAGUCAACUGAGUACCUAGGCGUUUGGGCUUCUAAUCCAGUUAUUCCUUCACACUUGUCUGAUGACGCCAAGGAUUUUUUGGCAAAGUGUCUAGAUGUAGAUGCUUACAAGAGAUUUACGGCUCGGCGUCUCUUAGCUCACCCAUUUCUUAUGAGUAAUCAGAGUGUUGAACAAUUACCCAAAUCGCUUACAUUGUCACAAUCUCAGCGUUGUCAUAAUCGGUUGCCUAGUUUUAUACCCUUAGGGGACUCUAGCUCCCAUGAGGCACAAAUGCCCAUUGAGAGUUUUGGAUUAGAUGAUGAUACCAUUUUCCCUUUGGCACUCAUGUCAAGACCUGCAAGACAUGUGGUCGCAGACAAAUGGUGCAAAAAGCCAACAACUUUUGCUGUAAUGGGCGCUGCAUAG